UAGCCACCGCACACUAGCUCGGAAAACUCGAUAGAAAGGACGGCCUGGCAUUUCUAAGCUACAUGGUGGUCUAAAAAAAUUUCGGUAUGGCGUUGCUCUCACCACCGUAUCUGUCCAGCGCAAUCAACCGUUUCCUAAACCCCAAUUCUAACCCUAACUUUCCUUUGAGCCACUGCCCAAACCCCCUAUUCUUCCGUUAUCGUCGCAAUCUCAAAUUAUCAGCAUCGGCAUCUUCCAAAUCCCACCACCAGAACCCGAACCCACCCUUGCCCGCCUCCGGCCAGCCCGAACCGCUCCGGCAGCUCGCGGCGGCCUCUGCCGUCCUCUUUCUCGGCCUUGGCAUUAGUAUCUGCUCGGCGGCAGCUGCCUCCGCCCGGAUUCCGCCCGUCCCUGCGGCCAAUCGGCCAACAGUGGUUGAAGAGCAGAGAAUCCCAGACAAUGAUGAUAUGAAAGGAUCGAGAACCAUGGAAAACCUGGAAGAUAAGGAUCUAAAAGCAACAUUUGAAAAGAGGAAGUCUAGAACAUAUGCCUUGACAGUUCCCUUAAGAAUUGUUGCUAUACGCGGCUCCAUACCUCCUUCUUGGGUCCAGGAUUUCAUUCAAUCUCAAGGAAGGAGAGCAAAGUUACGUUUAGAGCUCCGCGGAAGUCUCGACAACAUCUUUUCUGAUCUUUCUAAAUCUUUUACCGAAGGAAACAUUGGCCCUAAAUCUGCCGUGGCGGCUGAUAUUGUUAGUGUUGGUGAUUCCUGGCUUAGUUUGGCUAUUAGAAAGGGUUUAAUCGUGGCCCUUCAAGGGGUGGAGGACUAUGAUUGGUUUAGAGGCUUAGAUGACAAAUGGAAGGUAUAUUUACGCAGGAACAGUGAGGGAAGGUUAGAUCCUAAGGGGACAAUAUGGGCUGCUCCAUAUAGAUGGGGAAGUGUAGUAGUCGCUUACAAGAAAAACAAGUUUCAAAAGCAUAAUUUGGCUCCAAUAAAGGACUGGGCUGACAUAUGGCGACCUGAACUUGCGGGGAAAAUUUCCAUGGUUGAUGACCCUAGAGAGGUUGUCGGUGCUGUAUUGAAGUCUAUGGGGGCAUCAUACAAUACAAGCAACGUUGACUCUGAGGUUGCUGGAGGGAGAAAUGCUGUGCGGGCGAAGCUUGCACAGCUCCAAAAACAGGUUCGACUAUUCGACAGUGUGCAGUAUCUGAAAGCAUUUGGAGUGGGAGAUGUAUGGGUGACAGUUGGGUGGAGUAGUGAUGUUCUUCCUGCUGCCAAACGUAUGACAAAUGUUGCAGUUGUUGUUCCCAAAUCUGGAGCUAGUUUGUGGGCUGAUCUAUGGGCAAUACCAGCCACCUCAAGAUUUGCUACAAAUAGAAUUGGUGGAUGGAAUAGGGGACGGUCUCCUCUGGUCCAUCAAUGGAUCGAGUUCUGUUUACAGGCUGCAAGGGCAAUGCCUUUCCAGCAGGAGGUCAUACCAGGUGCCUCUCCCUCUUCCCUGGAGAAGGGCGCUGUUGAAGAGCCUAAAGAACUUACCAAGGGAAAGCCCAAUCUGGACACAAAUCUCAUUGCUGGAGUGCCCCCCACAGAGAUUCUGGCUCGUUGUGAGUUUCUGGAGCCAUUAUCAGAUGCUGCUGUGGACGAUUACCAGUGGUUAAUCUCAAGUAUGCAUAAACCUCGUCAUGGUUUGGUACAUAGAAUGGGGCAUUCUAUUGUCUCCAUGAUUCAAACAAUGUGGUCAAAUGCAGCCAAAGGUAACUUGAUGUUACCUGUUUUUAGAUAAAAACUGUGGUGGCCGUUUAAGUCCUUUUGGUAUCUUAAUGAGGCUUUGAGAGGCUUUAUAUUGAAGUCUAAUUACUCAGCAUGUUCUGGGUGAAGUGUCUCUUAUGGCCAGAUAUCUGUGCUGUUGCUAAAAUAGCAUUUGCUAAGGUUGGAGAGGUUAUUAUAGCUUCAUCAUUUCUUUUCAAGUUCCCUGUACGACUUCUAUGUGUAACACUUGUUUCAAAGCAACAUUUAUCCAUUUAUACCUUUUCCAUUCUCUGUUAUAAAGCUUGUAACCAAGGUAGAAUGAGGUUGAGUGUGCUGCUAGCUAAAUAUUCUUUUGGCUCUUGUUAAUAACAGUGGCCUGUGCGAUGCACUGGUGAAUGAUUCUGAUCUAGAGUCGCGGCAGUGACUUGAGAGGGGCAAUGUUAAUGUUUAGAGAUAUGGUUGUGCAUUGAGUUAA